UGACUUCAUUAAAGUGGCGUUCAUUAUUUUUGUUAUAAUUAGGCAAAUUAUGUCAGCGCGGACAUGAGUCGGCGGGCGGCACGCGAACCACUCGCCCAACCCGUCUCAGUAAAACUCGAAUGCCAUUGGUUGUCGGCGAAUCCGCCUUUUUCGAUCCAGCUGUGUAGCGCCCCUCCUGUUCGGUCCCACCACGCCAACCGACUCAGCUCGCCUCGCUCAUUGUUCAGUCGCGUUUUGAUACGUGUCGUACGAGUGUCUCGUAUCCGUGCAUACUGCAGUGUUGUGACGGCGAGUGUAUGUGCGAUGCCAGGACGGUGAUCGAAGCAUGGUGAAUUACGUUAAUCCCCUCGCCAUGUACCAAGGCAAGGGCGGGCAAUACGGCGGUGGCUGGUACGGCUGGCAACAUCAGAACUUUGAGGAGCAACAGUGGUGUGCGUGGAAUGGAGCAUCCGCAGGUGGAGAAUGGGCAGCGGACCCUCAUCAUUUUCCCAAAAGAGAACCAGGCGAAAGAGAAAUAACGGAUAUCCCAUCUCCAGCGAGAGGAGACUUGGCAAGUCCUGGGGAAGGCUCGCCUGGCUCGAGACCCUCACAGCCGCCGGCGCCGCCGCGUUCACCUUAUGAAUGGAUGAAAAAACCAAACUAUCAAACACAGCCGAAUCCAGGUAUGUUAAGUAAAACACGCACAAAAGACAAAUACCGCGUGGUAUACAGCGACCACCAGAGACUGGAGUUGGAGAAGGAAUUCCACUACAGCCGAUACAUCACUAUACGCAGAAAAGCAGAACUCGCAGUCAAUCUUGGUCUUUCCGAACGACAGGUAAAAAUCUGGUUUCAAAACAGAAGGGCUAAAGAGAGAAAGCAGGUAAAGAAACGUGAGGAGGUCGUGAUGAAGGAGAAGGGCGACCACGCUACACUUCAACACGCGCAGUUACACCAUGCAACCAUGCUACAUCACCAACAGAUGAUGAAUGGUAUGAUGCAUCAUCACCACUAUCACCAAGGUGUUCUGCAGGGUGUGCCCGAGCCGCUUGUGCCUGGUGUACCUCCUGUACCAUUACUGUGACCACAACAGCAACAUGAAUAUAGUGUACACAGUGAUUUCGUAUAGUGAUCACAUCUGUAAUUCAGAGACAAAAAUAAAUAGUGAUUUUAAAAGACUUAUAAGCUUUAUAUCCAGUGUUGGUUUACACAACCGGGAAAUUGACAAUUGCGAAUGGUGGCAGCACAGUUAUCUGACUUGACCUUAAGAGUUUGUGAUAAAUUUAGUGCAAUAUUCUUACGGGAAUAUUAAGUGUGUAGUAUCAGCAAGACGUGGCAUUGUAAUGUUUUUGAAUCAUGAUUAAUAUGUGUAAUUAACUGAAUACUUUGUAUUAGGUAUGUAGGCAUGUGUCGAAUUACUUUAUAAAUCAUAUAUUGCUUUCGAGUAGUUUUCAUAAUAUUGCAGCACAAUUGAUUAGUUGGAGAAAAUUUCAUAUUUUCUUAUUUCUCUUCUUCUCACGUAUUAUGAAAAUUGCCUGAUAACCAAUGUAGUCUACUAUGAUGAUUAGAUAUUCGUACAUACCUAGUAAUUAGUAUUUACAUAAGUACCUAUUGAUUAUCACGCCUUAUUCUUUUGUUUCAAUGCUCGGAAUGGUAUGUCUUAUAUUUUAAUUAAAUUAAUGAAUUUUGUCAUUGUAUAUAUAGAUAACUAUAUUUUUAUAUUAUUGUAAUAAUUAAGAUUAUUGAAUUGAUUAUUCCAUAAGUGGUUGAUUAAUAUUUCUCAAUGCUACAAGUGCCUUUAUAUUAAUGAGAUUAUUAGUAUAAUUGUUGAUGAAGUAUCUAAGUAUUAUUUUUUGUACAGUGGUUGGAUGAGUUUGGAUUUUAAGGUUUUAUUAGAAUUUAAUUUACAUUACUCUUAUUAACGCUAUAUAACAGAAUAUUUUUUUCAUUCUUAAAAAGAAAAUGAGUCAAUAAGAAUCUCAUAAAGUAUAUGAAUUUAAGCCGAGCACGUGGCAGCACUACUUAUUACAGUUUUAGUCGUAUUGGGUACAUUAAGUCGAAAUAUGGUGUUAGUAUAUUCAUGAAAUUGUACAGUUUCUCUCAUACAAUAUCGAAUAGUUGAAAUAGGUCGUCAUACAUUUAUUAUGAGGAGUUGAAACCUUUUUUUUAUAUUUCUACUACUUUCCUAUUUUUCAACAUUGAAAGUAAGUUAUUCAAUUUCAAGAAUACCUAUUAUCACUGCGUUUGGUCUAAGUGUGCACAUUACGACUAACCCUUACAUCUAACUGCAUUUGUGGCCUUGAGAAGUAGGUUUAUUUUAUAACUUGAAUGAGAUUAUUCUUAAUUGUAUUAUUGUUCUGUACAUAAUAAUAGCUUAAAUAUUAGAUUAAAUUAUUCUUACGCCAGUUUCUAUGUAUAAACACAAAUCACUUGAUUCCCAAACUAUGAAUUCAGCUGGUAAUUGUUACAAAACAGGUUGACAUUAAUAAGUAAUUUGGUUUUAAUUAAGUUUGACAAUUCGUUACAAUAUUAUGGAUACCUACUAACGUACUAAUAGGUACGACUUUUUAAAAAUAUUAUUGCAUUAAAAUUGUUUAUCGUUUUGUUUUGUGAGAUCAGUAAAAUAGAUAUGGUGCUAAUAGUUUGAAAUCCUGACUAUUAUAUACCUCUGUCAAAUUGAUUAGUUAUUUAAUUAAAGAGAUUAGUGUCGAGAAGAAAAACUCGGCAUCGUUUUGUGUUGCAAUAACAUGUUGUAUUGUUGUUUGAGAAUUGCUUGUGAACACGGGAAUUGUUAGUAUGUACGCAGCACUUUCACAAAACACAUUUGAUAAACUAAAUAAAUUCAUGUUAAUCAA